GUGAUUGGUUAAGAGCCUCAUCGUGUUUGAAAGUGAGUGAAUCCUCCUGUCAGUAUCUGAGAGGACAGACUCAAAGAUGGAGAUGAUUCUCGCCCUUAAAGCUUUGGUAAAAUCCCUGCUGUUUGUCCUCCUGUGGUCUUUCUGUGAAGGGAAGGACUCGGAUCUUAACUAUGUGACCUGCGGCUCUCUGGUGAAACUGCUCAACACCAGACACAACGUACGGCUGCACUCCCACGAUGUCAAAUACGGCUCAGGUGAGUUCAGGUACACUUGGAGGACCUUCAGUCUCGUUCACAUUCGCUUAGACAUUAAUCCAGUGACGCUGGAUAAGUAAUGGGUUUUUUUGUUGUCUUCAGCUGCCGAAUUUAGUCUGCGAAAGCGCUGUAAGGUGACAGAUGAACAGUUGAAGAAACGCUCAAACUUUAAAUUUAAUUGAAUAAAAUGUUGUUUUUCUCAGCCGAAUUUCAGUAAAGCUCAUUUUCAUUAGAGUGAUAUGAUAAUUAAUCGCAUAAGUCAUGUCACUUAACAGAAUGAAGCACAAAACCCCAUAAUUACAGUUUCUCUUAAGGUAGUUUGGUUGCUGUAGUCCUCACGCUCGUUAGCAGCAAUUAACUUUAAAUUUAAUUGAAUAAAAUGUUGUUUUCCUCAGCCGAAUUUCAGUAAAGCUGAUUUUCAUUGGUGUGAUAUGAUAAUUAAUCGCGUAAGUCUUGUCACUUACCAGAAUGAAGCUCAAAAAUCCAUAAUUACAGUUUCUGUUAAGGUAGUUUGGUUGCUGUUGUCCUCACGCUCGUUAGCAGCAAGUGCAGGAUGCUAGCUUAGCAGCCCCAUAAUGUUUGAGUACUGAGAAUCCGAUAUCUUCACUGUGAAACAGUAUGAAUUUAUUAUUGCAUACACUGAACUUGAAUAUUUUUUGGGGUAGUAAAAUUUCAAGUAUCUAUAUACAUUUUUGGUAUUAUUUUCUGCCGGUGUCAUGGCGUCCAAAAUCUGAACCACCCAGCUUCCGUUGUUAUGGUAUUUCGAUAUAAAUGAAAACUGUUUCUAAAUCCGUUUUAAAUUGUCCUUAACAAGCAUUAUUGUCUGCUAUAAAUACAGAUAAAUACAAAAGGGUUGCACUGUGAUACAAAACAAAUUAUGACAAAAUCUCAAAAGAGAUACCAUGGUGAAUAACUGUCAACAAAGGACAUUAAACACCCAAUUUUACAUUUAAUGAAACUCUCCAUAGAAACAACUUAUAGAAUAGCACAAAAUCACUAAACUAGGAAAAACUUUUGUAAAUCUUCACCUGACUAUAUGAGAAUUUACCUAAAUGUUUUUAACCACAAAAUUAGGGGCGAUGUCUGUACUCUACAACCAACUUUAAAAAUGUUUGAAAAUUAAAAUUGCCUUUAUAGAAGAUGGAUAAAGCUGUAAAAAAAUUCCAUGUGAAUUAGUCGACUGGUCUCUCAGCACUGUCAGGAGGGCCUGUGGCAAAGCACCCCAAGUAAUGCUGAGGUCAUGACUGACAUGAUGAUGCAAAAAAAGAUAAGGUGGGAGGAUGACACUGGGAAAUGCUUGCAGCUGUUACUUUGCUGGUUGCUGAAGUGUGUCUCCUAUUUCUCUUCAAGAUUUUUCUGUUUCACUCUGACAUGGUUUUUCCUCAGGCCGUAUCAUGAAGACGGGGAUGGUGCUGCCAGAGUUUCACAAAUAUUUUCUCUGUCUCCUUGUUCCAACUCACAGCACCAACUUCAUCAUUCUCAUUUCACUGUUUUGUUUGUAUACGGGUGUCGUAAGGUGUCCCAGAUGUGGCUUUGUUGUCAUUCAUUAUGAAACGUACACAUGAGACUAAACAAAUAAAUAAUACCCCUCUUUAUGAAAUGGAGAAUCACUCUUAUCACGCAACACAGGAGCUUCUUGUCCUUGGCCACCAUCACUUCACCAAUGAGGGGGUGGGUGAGUAGAGGAGGAUUUCAAUCUAGAACCAGAUUAGCAGAGAUCCCUAAAAAUGUUUAUUUCUACACACUGUUCUAGAAAGGUCUGUUGUCCCUGUCCCUGGUUGUGCGUUGAUAUCACUUCCACCCUCUGCUCUUGUGAACAUUUACUGCUGAGGAUUUUCAGAAUCAAUCUUUUCAUGGCUGUGAGGCAUUAUUUUGAAAGGAUUGUGGUGUGACUUCCUGCCGUAACAGGUUGAGGCAGCGGCUUGAUAUUUCUCUUAGAGGUGUAGUGUUACCAUAUCAGUGUGCAGCUGCAGUAGUUCUCACACACACACACACACACACACACAGGUUUUGUCAGGUGGGGUGUCAUGUUUACAGCCUCUAAACAGGUAAGAAGAGGGGUGUUCACUCUUUUAAACAAUGGGACUGAAAGUAUCACAAACGCAUUGUGAAGGAAAACAAAAGAUGUGUAACUCUGCCAUUCAUUAGUCUAAAGGGCCUGUAAUUAAUACAUGCAAACAUAAAUGCACUAAAACAGGCCUUAGCCACACAACACAAUUUGUCGAUAAAUUUUCUUAUCUUCCUCUUGACUAAUAACUCUCAAACUCUCCGGGGUUCCGGUCAGGUCAGUUGGAUAAUAAAUCAAGCAUAAUAAGCAUGUGUAUUUUGUGAUUCCAAUUUUGUUGAUUUUUGUGGCUCUACUAUCUUGUUGACUCUUGCACUAUGCCUGGAACUUGUACCAUCCUCUCUCUGUGCAAAGAACUGUGUCAGAUUUAUGCAAAUUUGCAGAAAGAAUGUAAAAAAGAAACUUCAUCCCAGUGAUAAACAGCUACACCAAUUUUAGGACUCUUGUACAGCUACUACCUCAAUGUGACCAGAGUUGAUGCUGAGAAACAGAAAAAAUAUCCUAAAGUUGGGAUCUUGUGUGUGUUUGUGUGUUUGUGUGUUUGUGUGUGUGCAGGCAGCGGGCAACAGUCUGUCACUGGAGUGGAUGCUGCAGAUGACUCUAACAGUUACUGGCAGAUUCGAGGGAAGCCAAACCGUCCAUGUCAGCGAGGAGUCGCCAUCAAGUGCGGUCAGGGCAUCCGCAUCACCCACAUGAAGACAGGCCGAAACCUGCACUCACACCACUUCAGCUCGCCACUGUCCAAUAACCAGGUCAGACAGGAAAACACACUGUCUCUUCUACUGUUGCAAACGCUUAACAGAGUUCUGUGAAUCAGCCUUGUUAACCCUUUUCUCUUUUCGGUCUCUAGGAGGUCAGCGCCUUCGGGGAGAACGGCGAGGGUGAUGAUUUGGACGUGUGGGCCGUUCAGUGUGAUGGCGACCACUGGGAGCGGGACGAGGCUGUGCGAUUCAAACACACAGGCACUGAUGUCUACCUGAGUGUGACAGGUGAGCAGUACGGACACCCCAUCCGAGGCCAGCGCGAGGUUCAUGGCAUGAGCGCCCCCAACCAGCACAACUGGUGGCGCUCCAUGGAGGGCGUGUUCAUCCAGCCCAGCCAGGAGCCGCUACGCCACGAUGAGCUCUGACAUCAUUAAUAGGGGACACAUAGCGUGUGACUUCUUCUUCCUGUGGUGGUUCAAAGCUGGUCUGGACUAAAUGAAGUUAAUAUCUGACUGAUGAACAUGUGAGGGGCUCUGGGUCAUGGCUGACUUGGUACCGUCUGACUGCUCUCACUCCAACACGUCAAACACGUCUGCUCCGUUAUAAUCUCCAUAAACCAUGACGCUUCAGGUCCUUCUCCAUUCUGAUGUUUGAUGAGCAGGUAAAGACAAGAUGCAGAGUGAGGGGACUGGAACUCCUCCCACUGACGUCUCUGAAGCUUCCCCACGCCAUGACCUCUCUAACCCUGACCAAACUGAUACCCUCUGUUAAUAUUGACCUGUUUUAGUUGAAUUUUAUAUCAGAAAAUGCGAGGUGCUUCCCUUCGUCAUGGUGAGACUUUGGCGCAUCAGCUCUCCUUAUUUAAAUCAUCAAACCUUUCAAGAUGAAAUUUCAGUAACAGCUGAAUCAGGAGUUAUUUCUUUAAAACAAAACCAAAAAAACAGAGCUGUAACUGAGUCUCACACAUCAGUAGUGACCACAGUCUGUUAAAAACAUGGAUACUGUCUCAGAGGAUUCACUCAUUGGGUUCUGGAGAGACUUUAUGAGGUUCUAAGAUGGCGCUGGUAAGACCCAGCUGGUAGGGGAAAAGGGAAGCAAUAUAAAAACCAGAUGCCAAUGAUAAAUUAAAGGUAUUUAAAGUUGACAAUAAAGGACUAAAACAAAAAGGAGGACUGAUACAAAGUUACUGUGUGGAACUUUAAAAGUUUGGGUUGAUUUUGGCAUCCCCUGUAGACAAGAAAGUAUCUCCUCUGAUUCUUAAGAACAGGAUGAGAUUUAAGCGUGUGCACACGAGAGGUGGCCAAGACACAAGAGAUGCCAGCCCUCUUUCCCUGCGUAACUUGUCUUGAUUUCCUAAUUAUUAUUAUUAUUUUUUUUUUUUCAAUAAAACCAACUUUCCAACAACGGAUGUUUACUUUAUGGUAUACCAUUUGUUUUGGAUGCAUGACACAAUGAGGGACAAAAUAGACGAAAAAGCAGCUCUGCCAGCCACAUCUAGAGCGCAAGGAGUACCUGAAGGCCCAAAGUAAUGAGACAUCUAUUCGCAAUGCACAAUGAAUGGGGGCAAAUUGUCAGAGGUGUGAAGCUGCGUCUGGUGGAUCUGCACUGUAAUUUGUCCCUCAUGGACAAUCUUUGUGUUGAAAAUGUAAAGAAAAGGCGGUCUGUCUGAAGUUUAUACAUUUUGGUGUGAUCAGUUGGUCAAACAAAAUAAAAAUUUACUAAGGUCUUGAUAA